GUGCGCAUGCGCAGAAGCCAUUUCUGUUGUGGUUACUUUUAGCGAGUGCGCUGACCUCGCAGUGUCUACAGCAGAAAAUACAGAAAAUACAGGGGGGAAAGAGAAGGAGCGAGGAUAUAUCCUCAUACAGCUGGCUAAUUUAUUUAGCUAGCUACUUGUAUGAAUAAGUGACUACUGCUCAACACGUACCAAAGAAUGGCUGAGCAAAGGAGCGGAUAUCGGCAGUUAGCCAAUGAGGAGGAGACAGAGACGCCUGAGGUGCCCCAGCAAGGAACUGAUGCUCCACCUCCUUACACCACCGUUGGAGCCGACACGGCUUUCUUUGAUUACAAAGAUGAUGGGAAUUACCCCAAACCGCCUUCAUACAACGUCGCCACGUCUUUACCAUCGUAUGACGAAGCCGAGAGAACCAAGGCCGAGUCCAGCGUUCCUCUGAUGCCUACGCGGGACGAGGAUUUCGUUGCCAGAGACGACUUUGACGAUGUUGACCAGCUGCGAGUCGGGAAUGAUGGCAUAUUCAUGCUAACGUUUUUUAUGGCUUUCCUUUUCAACUGGAUUGGCUUCUUUUUGUCAUUUUGCCUGACCACUUCGGCAGCAGGGCGAUACGGUGCAGUCUCUGGGUUCGGCCUCUCCCUGGUUAAGUGGGUUCUGAUUGUCAGGUUCUCUACAUAUUUUCCGGGUUAUUUUGAUGGGCAGUACUGGCUGUGGUGGGUAUUUCUGGUUGUCGGAUUCCUGCUGUUUAUCAGAGGUUUCGUUAAUUACUCUAGAGUGCGCAACAUGGCUGAUCAUUCCUUCCCAACCGUUUCUCGCACCAGAGUCCUUUUUAUCUACUGAAGAUUUUGCAUCUCAGGACUAUUAUGAAAUCCGCAAAAUGGCGAAAUUCAGCUUUGAAUCUUCAGAAAACAGUGCUAAGCAGAAGCCGCCGCAACAAAACUGCAAAUAAAUGAAAAAGAAAAAAAAAAAAAACUUUAGGUACAUUAUGUAUAUUUACCAGGCUGUCGAUAGUCCUCUAAUCAUGUAUUUAUCUGUAACUAAUUUCCAGUGCAAUCAUGGUGACAUAAAUGCAUUGUCUUUUAAUAUUCCUUAAUCAGCACACUGACGGUUAUAAUGAACAGCCAUAUAGGCUGCCACUGCUUUAGACAAUUAAUGCCUUGCAAAAUAAACAAUGCACCCAGUUAAUAUCUUGAAUGAUGCCUGUUAAGUCCAUUUUACACCAGAUGCAAUGCAGCACAGACGGCAAGCUGCAAUCACACUGCAAUGCUUUUCAAUUUGUACAGAUGAAGGGAAAAAUACACAGCAUUCACUUCUUUCUCUCACCAUGGCUAUGUAAGUAUAGCAUGCAAAAAUGUGAAUUCAAUAUCAGUUUAGUAUAAAUGUAAUUUAUAGAGCUUCUAAAGGUUGAGAUUUUCCCUCUUGUGUUUGCUUUCAUAAAGUUUGGCAUUAUGAUUAUUCUGUUGUAAUAGGAUUAAAAAGCCAAUGUUAGGUAUGAUUAUGGGCCUAGACCGAACAAGACAGCAUGAAUGUUGCAUUUUGUAGUCUUUCUAGCUAGAUACAACUGCCCUUCAAAAAUCGAUUGCAGGUGUACAAAUCUGUUUUGUGCUUGACAACACUCACUCAUGACAGCACAGAGUUCAGCUAAUGUAAAAAGAUUACAUUGUUUAACGAAGGAGUGUGUUUCAAGCAGCCCAUUGCGACAUCUGGUGUAAAAUGGACUUUAUUGUUCUCAUUUAUAGAGUGCUGGGGAAAUGUUUAGUUUUACUUGGUGAGUAAGUAUUGUAACCCAUCUUUUUUGUGAAAUAUAAAGUUUAGACGUAUUAGGGACAUUGUAAUAUCAGAUAUUAUUUUACACUUGCACUUUGAAGAUUUUAUGAAGGUAGAGCAAGAGUCAGUUUCAAAGUCAGGAAUAAGUGUAGGCCUUACUCCAAAAUCAUGAUUUAUGAGUCUCAGAAUGAUUUAUCUAAUAGGCAUGACAACAUUACAAAAGGUCUCGCUAUUGUAAUUAGGACCAAAUAUUCAAAAGACGCUUUUCAGUCGGAUGCACACUGAUUUGUCAUGCAGUGACACCUAAAAUAGAACCUGUAUUUCUUCUGUGAUCUGUAUCAUGAACAACGGUAAUUUAUAAUGCCAAAAGUAUCAGUAGAUAACCCACUGUCUUGUUGAUUUUCUUAUUAAGUUUCCGUGACAUGCAUGUUGAUGAAAUAGUUCUGCACAGUGUGGUAUAAUGUGGUUUAUAUGUUUACACUUGUGCAAAAUAACUUUUAAUAAACAUUGCUUCUAUAGCGACA